AUCAUAUUCUACUCAGUGUUUGAAUACUCAAGUUUUCUCACUUCACAAGUCAGUUCUCAACAGAACUAUUCAGGAAAUUUAGUACAAAAUUGCACCAACAAAGAUGAUGAGGGACCUUCUCCAGCCUUCCUUUACACCUUCAAUGGCAACCAAUCCUGCAAAGCGUUCCUCAUCUUCAUAUCUCAGCCUCCCUAUAACUCAGUUACCAACGUUGCAAAUCUCACAACCUCAGAACCAAGUGAGCUUGCUAGAAUCAACAAUGUCACAAGUAAAGCAAUGUUUCCCACAAAUUCAGAGGUAAUAGUUCCUAUCAAUUGUUAUGGUCAAGGUCAGUACUACCAGUCCAACACUACAUAUAUUUUGAAGCCCAAUGACACGUAUUUCACCGUAUCAAGUAACACAUACCAGGGAUUAUCUACUUGUUAUUCUCUUAUGCGUGAGAAUCCAUAUCAUCAAUUCCACUUGUUUCCUGAUAUAGUAUUGCAAGUACCACUUAGAUGUGCUUGUCCUACAACACAUCAAAUUGCAAAUGGCACAAUGUAUCUGCUAACUUAUUUGGUCAACUGGGAUGAUACCAUUCCUGAUAUUGCUGAUAGAUUUCAUGUAAGCACAAAAAGUAUACUCGAAGCAAAUGGGUUUCCAGACAAAAAUCCAAAUCUUACAAAUUCUACAACAAUUCUAAUUCCUCUGCCAACUGAACCUUCAAGCUCAGAGACCAUAACUCACCACCAAAAACCUUUCAUGUCAGGUUCAUUUUAUAAUUCCAAAAACAAAAGAAAAGUGUAUAUAGUUCUUGCAAUUAGUCUUUUGAUAGUCCUCAGUGUCAUUCUAGCUGCUGUAUUUCUAUUUCAUAGGAAGAUAUUUAGGGGGUUUUGGCAAAAGGGUUGCAAAGACAUCACAGUACUAGGAAGGCAAUCAAACGCUAGUCUCCGUAGGCAAUCAACCGCUAGUCUCCGUGUAGAAAUUGCAGACUUUGGACAAGCUUUGAAAGUUUUCGAGUUCAGUGACAUAAUGAAAGCCACGGGAAAUUUCAGCAAUGAGAAUCGAAUAAAGGGUUCCGUGUAUCGCAGGGUUUUUGGCCAGAAGAUCUUUGCUGUCAAGAACAUGAGUAGAGAAGCAACUGAGGAAGUGAAAAUGCUGAAGAAGAUCAACCACUUUAAUCUGAUAAAGCUUGAGGGUGUCUGCGAAAAACAUGGAAGCUACUAUCUUGUUUUCGAGUACGUGGAAAAUGGAUCUCUAAGAGAAUGGCUAAAUGGAAACAAGUCCAAAGAUAGAGGGAGCUGGAAUAAGAGAAUUCAGAUUGCUUUGGAUGUUGCCAAUGGACUACAUUAUCUUCACCACUUCACUGAACCUCCCUAUAUUCACAUGGAUAUUAAGAGCAGCAAUAUUCUUCUAAACAGUGACUUGCGUGCCAAGAUUGCAAAUUUUGGUCUUGCAAGAGCAGCAAUGAGGGAAACAAGCAGUGGUGAGCUAGCAAGAGAUGUUGUGGUGACUAGGGGUUAUAUGGCACCUGAGUACGGAGAGGCAGGGCCAGUGACUCCAAAGGUUGAUGUCUAUGCCUAUGGAGUGCUAAUGCUGGAAUUGAUUACAGGGAAAGAUGCUUAUUUUAUACAAGAUGGAAGGGAAGAACAACUUUCUGCUGCAAUAGUAUCCACCAUGGAAGCAAAGAACCUGGAAGCUGAGCUUAGUCUGCUUGUUGAUCCUACAUUGGAUGGAAAUAAUGGGACAGACGUUCUUCUGAGAAUGGCUGAACUAAGUGUAGCCUGCUUGACCCAAGAACCAGAUAGGAGGCCAACCAUGUGGGAGAUAGUGUCCACUUUGCUGAAAAUUCAGGCGGAUUUGGAGAGAACAGAAUCAUUCUAUGCUGGCUUUAAUACAUUUGAGGGAGAGUGAUACUAGUUAGAGAGUAGAAUUUAU